GGGAAGGGGCGGAAGUGACGUCGUGUGGGGCGGGUCCGGCCGCGCACAAUGGGCCAUGGAGUUCCCGUUCGAUGUGGACGCGCUGUUCCCGGAGCGGAUCACGGUGCUGGACCAGCACCUGCGGCCCCCGGCCCGCCGACCCGGAACCACAACUCCGGCCCGUAUUGAUCUGCAGCAGCAAAUUAUGACCAUUGUAGAUGAACUGGGCAAGGCUUCUGCCAAGGCCCAGCACCUUCCUGCUCCCAUCACCAGCGCGUCAAGGAUGCAGAGCAACCGCCAUGUCAUUUAUGUGCUCAAAGACACUGCAGCCCGACCGGCUGGGAAAGGAGCCAUUAUUGGUUUCAUCAAAGUUGGAUACAAGAAGCUCUUUGUAUUGGAUGAUCGUGAGGCUCACAAUGAGGUAGAACCACUCUGCAUCUUGGACUUUUACAUACACGAGUCGGUGCAACGCCAUGGCCACGGGCGAGAACUCUUCCAGUACAUGCUGCAGAAGGAGCGCGUUGAACCACACCAGCUGGCCAUUGACCGACCUUCACCGAAGCUGCUGAAGUUCCUGAAUAAGCACUACAACCUGGAGACCACCGUCCCACAGGUGAACAACUUUGUGAUCUUUGAAGGUUUCUUCGCCCAUCAACAUCGGCCCCCCGCUCCCUCUCUGAGGGCGAUGCGACAGGCUCGUGCUGCAGUUGACGCCACGCCCGCUGCCCCAGCACGGAAGCUGCCACCCAAGAGAGCAGAGGGAGACAUUAAGCCAUACUCCUCUAGUGACCGAGAAUUUCUGAAGGUAGCUGUGGAGCCUCCUUGGCCCCUCAACAGGGCCCCUCGCCGUACCACACCUCCAGCCCACCCGCCCCCACGCUCCAGCAGCUUGGGAAAUUCGCCAGAUCGGGGUCCCCUCCGCCCCUUCGUGCCAGAGCAGGAGCUGCUGCGUUCCCUGCGCCUCUGCCCCCCACACCCUACCGCCCGCCUUCUGCUGGCCACCGACCCCGGAGGCAGCCCAGCCCAGCGUCGCCGCACCAGCUCCCUUCCCCGCUCUGAUGACAGUCGAUACUGACAGCCACCCCCCUCCCUCCCUGGGAGACGCGGGGUAGGCAGAGACCCUCCCCCCAGGAACCUCAGACCCGCUCUUCCACUGCAUCCUCCAGGACCCAGUGGAACCCAUAGGAUUCCCUCUUCCCCUUUCUUGGAGAACUGGGUUGUCAGGGUCCCAAAUGGCCUAAUCCUUGGUAGGUUUUCUUACCACAGAAGGCGCCCCGCUCCCCUGACUUGUGUUCUAACUCACUCCCCACAGACACUAAUUAUCUAGAGAAGCACACUCUGGCCUGCUGUCAGACUCUAGAGCACCCUGGCAGGCCCGAGGGCCUCGGCCAGCAGGGAACCCUGUAGCCUCGCCCACGGAGUGACUCUCAUACUCCCUCUGCACUGCCGGCGGCUCCAAUACUGCUUGGUGCUGCCUGCCCUUGGCAGCCAGUGAACAAUCCAGGGGCCGUCAGCUCCCCAGUGGGGUCCAUUCAACGUUGCCAAACUCUCAAUUUCCAUGUUUGUGUAUGUGUUAGGGAGCCCCCAAACCCAUGUUGCUUUGGGGACUCCGAAGGAGACUUGCUGACACCACCACAUGCCCUAGAUCCAGAUUCUCUGAGGGAGCACGUUUCUUGGCAGGGGAAUCCCAAAAAGCCCCCUGGGAUCACUCAGCCAUGUUUCUCAAGUUAGGUUUGGGUCUCAAGGGUCUAUCAGAUCCUGGAAUCUCCUCACAUGCAUCCUGCCCUGUAGCUUUGCGGAUAUAUUCUUGUCUUGUGAGACUGUCUUGAGAUGAGAUGGGGUACCACUGUUCCUCCGGCCUUCCCCCUCUUCUUUCCUCCAUAGCAAAAACCUCCCUCCCUGCUCCACGCCCAGGGUAUAGACAGCUCCUCCCCCUCCACACCCCUUUAUGUGUGUAGAUCAGGUACCCCCUGCCACUGUGUUCCCCGAAACCCUUGGGAGCAGGAUCUCCCUCUCUCCCUACUCCUCCCUUUUCUUUUCCCUCUCAGUGUUGUCUGAAUAAAGUAAGAAUUCUUUUGUGUUUUCUAAA